GCUUGGCAGUCGAGGUGGGAAAUUAAAACUCAAGAUCAGUGCUAUAACACGAUCAUUUAAGAUUUAUGUAGUUGCAGUCGUUGAAAGAUAACCAAGUCGUCCGGUGGCACGUUACAGUACGGUUCGACCGAUCGCAUUGUUCGGAUAGUGCAAAUUUAGUUAUGCAAGUGCUCUUGGCGUUAUGAUUCAGCGAUUCUUAAUAAUUGUGUCCGUUACUUCCUAUGUGAUUUUGAAUUUUGAUGUGAUUUUGGGCGCGACAACCUAUAAUGGCGAAGUCGGUGUUGAUCUUAUCAGUCAGAUCCUUGCAUCAUCGGGUUAUACCCAUGAGCGACAUGAAGUAGUGACUAGUGAUGGUUAUAUUAUAACAGUGCAUCGAAUCCCUCCGAAGAAUACGACAUUUAAUGCAGAACCUGCUGUGCUAAUGCAUGGCAUCAUUGGAUCAGGAGCGGAUUUUAUCCUUCCUGGACGAAAUCGCGGCCUGGGCAAUAUUCUGCAUGAUCAAGGAUAUGAUGUUUGGCUUCCUAGUUGUCGUGGCACAACAUGGUCGAAAAGGCAUCGGAAUUUAAGUGUGACUUCUCCAGAAUACUGGGAUUUUUCAUGGCAUGAAAUAGGAGUUUACGAUGUUGCAGCUAUCUUAGACUUUGUUACCAAUUACACAGGGGCUGAAAAAGUUCAUUACACGUCUCAUUCCCAAGGGAGUACGGUGUUGAUGGUUCUGCUAUCAGAGAGACCAGAAUAUAAUAGUAAAAUAGCAUCAGCAAACCUGUUAGCUCCUAUUGCCUUUCUAAAAAAUCUGAAUAGUCCGAUUCUGAGAUUUGUAUCUUCGAAAACGGACGAACUGGAGGUUCUGCUAAGCAACUUGGGAAUCUACGAAUUACUGGGAACUUCAGCAUUGAAUCAAAUCGUCGCCCGGUUGUUCUGCGAUUCAGGAUCUCCUUCACAGGAUUUGUGCAUAUUGUUAAUGUAUACAGUGGUUGGAUUUAGUGGUCACAAUAUUGACAGGGCUUUGUUACCAAAGAUUUACGAAACAACCCCCGCUGGAGUUUCUACAAAGCAAAUCAUACAUUUUGGCCAGCUUAUCCAGUCGGGUAAAUUUCAACAGUACGACUAUAGAUCAAGGCAAAAUAACUAUCGUUUGUACAAGAGGACAACACCUCCUGAAUAUAACCUGAAAAACGUUCAAGUUCCAAUUCAAAUGUUUUAUGGAGGACAGGACUUUCUUAUGUCUAGACAAGACGUAUUCCGAUUGCGAUCAGCUUUAAAACAUUUGCGAGUCAGUUUGGUGGAGAUUCCGGGAUUUAAUCAUAUUGAUUUAUUAUAUUCGAGCGAUGCGCCUAAGCUUAUCUAUAAAAAAGUGAUAUCUAAUAUGAGAAAAUUAAGUACAAAACAUUAGAAAUGUAUAUUUUUUCCAGUUUUAGGAAAUUACAGAAGGAUUUGUAUAUAUGUAUUAGAAGAAUUUUGUAAAUGAAUUAUAUUGCUACGAAAUUAGCUCUAAAGUGAUA